GCUGCUGCUGCAAAGUUGGAGCAGAAGUUCCUCCUUUAAUGGCCGCUCGCUAAGGUGGAAAGCCGCCUCGCAAGGACAGCGAUCGACAGCCUUUGUGGGCUAAGCGAGCGUUAGCCGGUCGCUGAUGGCUGAACAAAACUUGUGCUUUGUUAAAACACGCUGCUAAGUCCGAGGCGUGCUCGCCCCGCUCUAGCUUUUCUCCUGUGGUCGCCUUAAGAAUCUUUGCGGGGCGGCCACGUUAGAGCCCUCUGCGCCUAUUAGUAACACUCGAUCGCCACGUUCCCACUUUUCGCCCUUUACGGAUUUUUUUUGCUUUCUUCGCUACUACGGUUAGUUUUCUAUAAGCGCGAUGUUACUUACCCCGUCAGAGCUUGAAUGGUUAACUCUUCCCAGCUUCUAAGAGCAACUACAGAUUUGCACAUUUACUGACCGGUUACAUUGAUGCCUUCCCUUAAAAGUUAUAAAACAGUAAACUUUAUAAGCCCCAGUUCCGGCUAUAUGACAUUUGGGUGCCAAAUGAAUAGGGUUUUGUCUAUGAAUUAGAUCGUAAAAUCAUCCAUAGCACAGACAGAUAGGCUCACUGGCUAUAAAAAGUCACGUGGUGCCAUUAAAGUAAGUUUUAUGGUUUUGGGGAGUUGACAUCCAACAUUAUAUACCACAUAACAUAUAAUCUCACUGACGCUGGACUUCAUUUGACUCUUUUGCAGGCUACGUGUGCCUCCUGGCCAUUCACAUUGUCACUUUUAGGUACAGAAGUAUCCAAACCACAAGUUCUCAAUACUGUGUGAAAAAAUGGCUCCCUGCAAAUCGAGCGGUUCUGAAAGGCAUUCUCUUGGAAAAGUCUGUGAAGACGCAAAGGAUUUUCCUGGAAAGAAAAAAAAAAAAAAAAAAAAAAAAAAGAGUGGUCAUGUGUAAAGACACCGCAUCUCGGCUGUCUGCUAAAAACAUGCACACUCUGUCGGUGGAGAUAGAGCGGCGGACUGCAAAAUGCCCCACGGCCGAUUUUCGUCGUUUAAGGUCUGCCCGGAGUGGCCAUUGGAGGAGCAGCGCCACGUGACAGAGGGGUGCCAAUGUUAUUCUCCAAGGGUGUCAAGACCCUGUCAGUUUGCGAAAUAAAUAUUGGGAAACAACGAAAUGCAAAAAGCGACCUACUACGACAGCUCUGCAAUCUAUGGUGCCUACCCCUACCAAGGAGCAAAUGGUUUCACUUAUAAUGCGAGUCAGCAGCAAUAUCCUCCGUCUUCGUCACUUGUGGAAACUGAGUACCACCGCCCCGCGUGCUCCCUCCAGUCCCCAGGCAGCACCGUGUCCCACCACAAGGCCAAUGACAUCAGUGAGAGUUGCAUGAGGACCCUCCCCAGCCAGCCUCUGCAGCCCCCUGGUCUCACUGACCCGCAGGCCCCACCGCAGCCACCUCCGGCCCCGCAGGCACAGCCUCCACCUCCAUCCUCGGCCUCACCAUCUCAAAAUGCCAGCAGCAACCCUGCCCCUGCCAACCCCACUAAGAGCCCGGCUCUUAACUCACCCACUGUGUCCAAACAGAUAUUCCCAUGGAUGAAAGAGUCUCGGCAAAACACAAAGCAGAAAAACAGCAGUUCCAGUUCAGGUGAGAGCUGUGCUGGUGAUAAGAGCCCCCCGGGCCAAGCAUCCUCUAAACGAGCUCGUACGGCUUACACAAGUGCCCAGCUAGUAGAACUGGAAAAGGAGUUCCACUUCAAUAGAUACCUUUGCAGGCCACGGAGGGUUGAGAUGGCCAAUUUGCUCAAUCUCACAGAAAGACAGAUCAAAAUCUGGUUUCAGAACCGCAGAAUGAAAUACAAAAAGGAUCAAAAGGGCAAGGGCAUGAUGACCUCUUCAGGAGGACAGUCCCCGAGUAGAAGCCCCGUCCCUCCAGCUGCUGGGGGAUACCUAAACUCUAUGCAUUCUUUAGUAAACAGUGUCCCCUACGAGCCCCAGUCACCUCCUCCAUUUAAUAAGCCUCAUCAGAACACCUAUGGCAUCCCCGCAUCUUAUACCGCUCCUCUUAAUAAUUGCCCACCUCCUCAAAAGAGAUACACGGGGACAGCAGCUGUGACACCUGAAUACGAUACUCAUCCUCUUCAAGGCAACGGUUAUGGGAAUCCACAUAUACAGGGAAGCCCCGUCUACGUAGGGGGCAACUACGUGGAGACCAUGACCAAUUCUGGGCCUUCCAUCUUUGGUCUAACUCAUCUCUCUCAUCCUCCCUCUGCCAACAUGGACUACAGCGGGGCUGGGCCGAUGGGCAACAAUCACCACCAUGGACCUUGCGACCCGCACCCGACAUACACAGACCUUACAGCUCACCAUCCUUCUCAGGGAAGAAUUCAGGAAGCGCCCAAACUCACCCAUCUGUAGGAGCCAGGAGUCACUAGGUGGAACGCAAAGCCCCAACCUUUUAAAGUACUUGUCCCUUCCUCUCUGCCUCUCCUCCCCGCCACGCGCCCUCCUCCCCUCUCUUUCUUCUUUCUUUGGCUCAUUUUAGUUUGUUUCAUUUCCUUUGGUAAAAGCGUUUUCUAGUUUAUGUGACGUAGCAAUAUUUGUUGCUUGAAUUGCUCUAUAGUUUCACUAGUGGAUAUUUAUCUUCUUGAACUGCAGCCUCGUGUCUCACUUUGGGAGCAUACAGAGGCUUUAUACUUUACCUUCUACACUUUUAUCAAAACAGGGUAUAUGAACAAAUUUUCUAUAAAAGGAAUUCUUAAAUGUGAAUUUGUUCGUACAUGAUUGAUCCCACGGGGAAGCAAUUUUUUUAUUGCACUUCUUUUAAAUAGCGAGAAAGACAUCAGAAGCGCUUGGACAGGGAUUCCCUGGACAGUUAUUGAUACGUGUAAGUCUUUCAAUGUGUGUAUGCUGGUGAACAUUCAGAUUUAUUUAUAUUAUUUUUUUUUUUUUGCAAACAUUGAAUAAUCUAAGUGUUUAAAAUUUUAUUUAUCCCCAUUUGUUCAUAUUUAUAUAUAUAUAAAGAAUCUGUACCCUGAAUAUUCAGGAGGUAUUUACCUGGCCAUGUGUUAGAUGGCAUAUCGGCACGCGUAGGAAAUAUCAUUUGAAAGGGAACUAUAACUCCUUUAUUAAAAUGAUAACUGUGAUGACAACAAUGCAAUAAAACCUGGGAAGAAAAAAAAAAAAAGAAAGAAAGAUCACAGCUUGAAUAAUUGAUGCCUGUAACAUCCAGGUAGGGGGAAAGAAGGCGUGUGAAGCUGAAAAGGCUUAGAUUUGUGUUGAAAGUUAUACAUUCCUUGCUGCUCACGUUCUGAAAAAAAAAAAAAAAAAAUAAAGUUUUUAUUCUGAAUAAUGAAGAGUUAAGGCCACGUUAUUUGCAGUGCGAGGAAGGGAGAGCCCUUUGUGACCGGGGGGUCGGUGGACUCGUCUGGAGCCCACACGGGGCUCAGCUCUCCCACCGCACGGCUCCGUAGAGCCUUUUUAGAGAUAUAGA